AUGGCAGUCCCAAACGAGACCGUCCCCAUAUAUGUUUUCAAAAUACUCCUCCCGUCAGACUUCCCCACCGGCGUCCCUGCCGCAUCCUCGUUGUGCUCCAUCCCCGCCAUGCCUUCAACAUCGCUCGAUCAAUCCGAGGGGUUCAUACACCUUUCUCGCGCCCGUCAGCUCCUCCUCCCACUUUCGCGCUUCUUCAUCUCGGAGGAGUCGAUCGUGCUGGUCCGUGUCGUAUUUGAGCGUGUAGAGAAGGAUGUGAGGUGGGAUAGGACUGCGAGUGGGGAUGAAUAUCCGCAUCUGCUCAGACAGCUCGCCGGCCUUGAUUGUGAUGAGGUAAAGACGGUGAGGAGGAUGGGAAGAGAAUGGGAAGAGGUGCUCGAGAGUGAGAAGGCGUGGGUUUGGAGCUAG